AUGGCAAAGGUGGCAUACUGUCGGCAACAGCUUUGGAAGAGGUAUCAGCCGCAUCUUGCAGAAAAGCUAAGAAGAAGGCAACGUCAAGGACUACUGCGGGGUCCAGGCUCAGCUGGUGGCUACGCGCCUACUUUUUCGUCAAUAAAUUUUGCUGAUCCAGAUGCUGUUUCGCGAAGCGCUGCAGCAUUCAGUACUCGUAAGAGGUUGAUGAAAAAUAGUGAAGUUACGGAAACGAUGAAUGGGCACGAUAUGUCGUCUGAUUCUGACUUCAUGGAGGCAAAACUGCAGGAAAGUAGCCAGGAUGAUAUGAGUAUUUCUGUGGGAUCAGACAUCGGAACUGUUAACCAACCAAGUGGGAUCUUCAUUGGUGAUAACAGGUCUGAACCCUUGCUGCCGGAACUGGUAUUGCCAGAUGGCAUGGAUCCAGAUGAUGAUUGGAGGGCGAUGACCGAAGAAGAAGAAUCGCUGGUGCAGGAAGAGCAAAGUUUGAAAAAAGAAAUUGAAGAGGAAGAAAGCAUUUGUAUCGAUGACGAACUGGAAAGACAGGUAGCUGCUGAGGCAGCCGCGUUAGAACAGCAGGAAGUUGACGAAGCAGAAAAGGUUGCUAAAGAAAAGGAACUCUUUGCAACGGUAAGCUGGGGUGAUAUUGUGGAACAGGAAUUAGCUUCGUAUCGUAAACAGCGGGAAUUUGCCGAGAAACAAGAAAGGCUCCUCUCUUCACCGAGUAAAAAAAGGUAA